AUGGGACAGCAUCCCGUUCGUCGCCUGACCGGGCAGGUGCCGACCCACAUGAUCGGCAACGACGCGUUUCAGGAAGCCGGACACGGUGGGAUCACCGGCCCUGCACAAGCACAACUAUUGGUGAAGGACGCUAACGAUGUCUGCGCGCUGAUCCGCGAGGCCUACUACAUCGCGGGCGCCGGCCGGCACGGCCCCGUGGUGGUCGGACUGCCGAAGGACGUGGUCAUGACCAAGAGCGCCUACGUCGAAGCGGAGCGGGCAGUGGGCAACGGCAGGAAUCAGCGCUCAUUACCGACCACGGCGGUUUCCCUCCCAUACCCGAUCGCCUUUGUGCACGCGAUCUAA